UGACGUUCCAGCGAAAAGGUUGCACAUGCAAACCGGCACCGGCUUCGCGCGCUCGGUAAAGGUGAAAGAGAAAAGGAAAAUUGCUGCAGCGGUCUUGGCAAAGCUUCAAGAAAUCCCAUACAAUGAGUUCUGCGAAGAGAAAGAGGCUUGAAGCAACCGCCAGCGAGAUACAGUUAAAUGGAGUGCACGAGAAUGGCUACUUUUGCGGAAACGAAGUUGAGGCAAACGACCGCGACACCAACAAUGGCCUUUCUAAACAAGAAAUCAUAAGACUUCGAAACAAGCACAUAGGGUAAGGUAAUUCCCUUCGAAUAUUGCAGCUUGUAAACGUUAAUUAUUUUGUUGAAGAGACGAACAGUCGGUCGUUGUUAUCAUUAUGUAACAUACCGCCGUCUUAGCUUAGAGAACUCUAAUGGCCAAAGAUGCGUCGUACUCGUAUAUUUCAAGCCUUGCAUUGUAGUAAAAGUCCUAGAGUUUGCUUAUCGGCUAUAAAGUUAGUUCAGCGGUAAGUUGGAAACCCUACGCGACUGUAAAAAAAUGUAGGAUAAACGUAACCUUUGAAAGAAAAGCGAACAUUGAUUUAGAAUUCGAGUUCAAACACAGUUGCCAUUCAUUCAGCGUAGAAGAAGUUCAACAGUUUGUCGAGCGUGGUCGGGAAUAUAACGUUGAAGUGAAGAACGUAGUGCCGGUCCGAUGUCUGUCUGAAAAGAAGUGUUAAUGGGCGGUGCUCUAGCUUUUAUAGGUCAUAUUGGUCAAAGUCCAUGCUAAUUUCCUAGUGUUGCAUCAUGCGUUUCGCUCCUGAUUGGCCAUUGAUGGGUCAUUCGAUGUUGUACGUGAUGUGGCCUUGACAAGGGGGUGGGUCGGAAUGAAGUGGUAUAUUAAAGUGACAUUUUCACACCCAGUGUUUGAUCUGAUAUGUGGACACUAAUGAAAAGUGAGAGUGAAAUUCUGAGAGUCAGCAUAGCCUGCGUGGCAGGCGCGAAAAGGGGAGGGAGAGGGGGGAGGGAGAAAGGGAAAAGGGAAGGGAACGCCUGCUCUAAGAGCCUAUGUUUUUGCAUAACGCCUACCAAUUUUCUAGUAAUCCGAUUACGCUUACUGUCAAUCAAGUGUCGCUACACUCGCCAUUGCAGAAAAACGUUACACUCAUGGACUAAAGAAAUUUGCUUAGUUAUUCAGAUCCAGAAGGCACUUUGGAGAAAUUUGGAACCCUUAUUCAGCCGUAAUAAAAAAAGCUUUACGCUUCAAAAGAGGUCAAAGAAAUUGCGCUUGCAUCAGAGGGCAAAUCCUGCCGACCAGAAAACAAUAACUACAGUCAAUCGAUAUGUAUGUCAUGACCUCUCAGUGAGAAACAUGUGGCUAAAAUAACGUCACUGUAACGUUUGCUCAGUAUAAAUGCAGAACCUUCCAGAGCAUAAUCUACCCAGCAGAUAAAAACAACUUUAUUGGAAUAAGCAGCAUUUUGGCAUGAGGUAAAACCACCCUCUUUUAUUGCUAAGUUACAUCGGCGAAUGUCAUUGUUCGAUAAAUUGGCUAAAUCUUUCACUGGGUAGCCCAACAAUUCCAUCUCCUGCAACUGGUCUUCGAUAAUACUUUUCAGUGGCGAAAUGACGAGAAUCGCCGCAUUACCAUUUAGCUCGUAGUUCUUCGCGCGUACAAACAUUUGGUAAAUUAAACUCUUGCCGUAUCCGGUCCGCAAAACCGCCACAACAUCUCUGUCGGCUAAAAGAGCCCUUACUGCUGAUUCUUGCUCUGGUUUUAAAACAGUUUCUCUACCACUAGAUAAAUUCACAUCUGUCAAAGCACUCUCUACGACAUCCACGUCUACCGCUGCCAUCUCGACUGUUUGUUGAUUUGUGAAACAUGCAUUUCAAUAUGUUACUCAUUACGGCUCAGCCAAUCAGGAAUUUGCAGACGCCAGCGUCCGCAGAUAUGAACAAAAGGGGGUUCUUAGAGCAGGCGUCCCCUCCCCUUUUUCCCUUCCUCCCUAUCCCCUACCCCUACCCCUUUUGACGCCUGCUACGCAGGCUAAGUCAGCAAGACUCAACAUUUCAUGACGCACACAAGGCACUGAGCAGAUUACAAAAGUACAUAGCCUCCAAGUUAUAUGCAACAGGGUCUUUCUAACUAAAAAACCAGAAAUCUCACGCAAUGAAAUGUGAGCAAGAUCACACUGUGCUACUGUAUAAAUAUAACCAGAUUUCAGAUUUUUUUUAUUUUUUAUUUUUUGCUUUGUUACAAGGGUUACUUCAUAGAUUACAAUAAAUUACAAGAGGAGGAAACAAAACGAGAACUUCAAAUAACAUAAGUCAUAAAAGGUGAAAUGUGUGCAGUGACCAAAGGAGCUUAAGGAAGGCUUUCAAGUUGUUUGCUGCCACGUGCAAUUAACAGGCAUAGACAUUUAAAUAAAAACUACAAGUAAUGCACUAUGGGGAAUAGGAAAAUGAAAACAAAAAGUCGUACUAAUUACGAUUUUUUAAAAACAAUGGAAAUGAUUUUUAAUAGUGUGGGCAAAGAAAUCAAAUUACUCAUUAGUAAUUGAAAAGGUUGAACUUAUUUUGCCUAUAGCUGUUAUACUAACAAGAUAUACAGCUUUUUUAAUUCGGAGGGAAUAGUUUCCCAAAUUUUAGAUCCAACAAAAGCAAAAGUGGCAGCUCCAUAAUUAUUGCUUAUACUUUGUCGAUGAAAAUUAAGGCUGGAGUCAAAUCUAGUGUUGUAACUAUAUGGAUCUAAAAAGUACGAACUUAUCAGGUUUGGUUAAUGUCAGUGAGAUUUUCAUGUGAAUUAUUUGCAAUGAUUUUGAUCUGAAGAAGGUAGCAAUUUUAACCAAAACAUUCUUUGCAGGAAAGCCUGUGAAUUGCAUUUUAAGGAAGAGCCGAUCAAGAUUGCAUAUGCCAGAGGACAGUACAUGUAUGAUGAGAAAGAUAAUAGAUAUCUGGAUUGUGUCAAUAAUGUUACCCAUGGUAUGUGCAUGCCACCACUUGAUUCACAGUGCUGUCUAUAAAAGAAUACAAUGUACUAAUAGGCAAAUUUCGUAUUUCAUGGGGGCCCUGGGUAUUACCAUAUUCCAAGCUUUGCAUUUUUGUUAAAAUCUCUAACCAACCACUCCCUUCAUCAAUUUCUGGUCAGACUCAAGUUUCCCUCGGUGAUCAUGCAGAGAACCUCCUUUUAUUGUUUGAAAUAAUGAUCUUUCAAGAUUGUAAGUAAGUUUAAUUGAGCCCUUCAGAUCCAGGACCUUCCAGCAUUAAACAUUUUCCUUGUUUUCUGGCAACUCAGCUGCAGUUUUCUCAUGUUUGUUUGUCCUCUUGGUGAGAAGUUCCUUUCAUUAGCUUAACUUUUGCACAAAAUCAAGCACUCAUCUUACAUGUAGGCCCAGCGUGCAAAGAAAGUCGUGUCUGAUAGCCCGGGGCUAGUGGAUUUUGCUGUCGGGCUAGUGAUUUUUGUUCUUAACUUGCCCGACGGGCAAGUGCUGUUUUGAGGGGAAAUUCAAAUUACAGAAGGAUUGUAAUCAAUCCUGCUAAUCAAAAAGGAUUUUUGGGCUAGUUGAAAUGACUUGUGGGCUAGUACAUGCUAGCUACAGCUUGCCCGAAUGGCAGGUUGUAAAACUGACUUUCUUUGCACCCUGAGGCCAGUCAGGAAUACAACAAUUCAACACUUGAAGAGAAAAUUCGUAUCUCCACAUGGCCAUGUAAUAUCCUCCAUAUAUAAAAGGUUAGGGAUAUGUUAAAGGACCAAAAAGAGCUAGCAGAUUAUUUUAUGAACAUGAAAGAGACAAGAAAGCUCCUUGGUAUAGUGAUUUGUUAAUAUUAAAAAGAGGGUACAUUUACAGCAUUUAAAAGGGAUGAAAAUAUAAAUAUUGAAAACAAAACAGCAAAGAAACAACGACUUGAGGUUUCCUGAUAUUUCGGACGGAUAAGCCGUCCUUGAACUAGCAUAUGAAGGGGGUACUUUUUGUCAGUAAAAGGUAUACAGAAGGUAUACCAUUUCUGUUAAGGUUUGGACCUUGGGGCAGAGCUUCCUCGUAUAAAUCAUAUUGGAGUAACAUGGAUUUUUGUUCACCGUAUCUUUAAACAGAAGAAAACUCUGUCUAAGUCCACUUGACUUGUAUAUUUGCCUAAAAAGUGUUUGAUGCAUUUUUAAUUUUAGUGGGUCACUGCCACCCUCAUGUCGUCAAGGCAUGUCACGAGCAAAUGGCAACAUUAAAUACCAACAGCCGCUUCUUGUAUGACAUUAUUGUUCAGUAUGCACAAAGAUUGGCAGCAAUCUUUCCUCCUCAGCUGAGCCAUUGCUACUUUGUCUGCACUGGGUAAGUUGACUUUACAGCUGUUUGAUUCCUGCUUUGGACCAAAGUAGUGGGAGUGGUGGUUUUGCUUGUUAGCUAUAAUUCACUAUCACAGGAAGAGCACUAAUGUACUGCUAACCAGGCCCACUGCUUUGGUGUAGGAGAAUCAUUACAAUAAUAAUUUAUUAUUGCCUCAUUAGCCUGAGCUUAAUCAUUCUCACAUGAUCAUAUUAUUUAUGAAAAUAGCAGCUCUUAAGAUUGAAAGGGCAAAGGCAGAAAAAAAUAACAUUGUAUGUGUAAAAGCCUGUGGACAGAGCACAAUAAUAGCAACAACAGCACUUUUAUUCUGUUUUUGAAAAAAAUAUAUUACAGCACUGUGACAACCUGCAGUUAGAAAUCAAGCUAGUCCAGAUGGGUUACAAAGAAAGUGAAACAAAAUUUUCACUCGCAGUCAAUCUUAUAAAAGAAGUAAAAUUGUUUCCUACUGUAAUUCACCUGAAUGAGUGAUAAAUAAUAAAUAAUAUUAUUUAUCUUAAAUUAUUGUUUAAGAAUAUUAUUAUCAUGCAUUUUCAGGUCAGAAGCAAAUGAUCUUGCUUUAAGAAUAGCAAGACAGCAUACAGAUGCAGAAGAUAUGAUUAUAGUGGACAGGUAGGCCUAAAACGUUUACGAAUGUCAGAUCAUAAUAUUUCUUUAGGUUCCAUGUUGUGUGGCCUAAUAAUAGGACCAGCUAGUUCAUUUGGUGGAAUAUGAGUUUGAAUAUGAGGUAUUUCUGUUCCUAUCACUGCUAAAGUAAUCACAGAUUUAGGGGGGUGCAUUCAGCAAUGGCAGACGUCCAGUUUACCAGUUAACUACUAAUUGCUAGUACUUCCCAAGCCAAAAUUAUUACAUGUAUGUCCUUUGAUAAGCAAGGUGUGUGGUGGUUGUGUAUCUUGUUUCCCUUUGCCUGUAAACCCAACGUUAGAAUCCUCCUUUGUCCAUCCUAAUGUCAGUGAUCAGUUAAUGAGUACUACACUGUACAGUAUGUGCUAUUUACAAUGUGUGUUAUUUGCUGCGUUAAUCCAAAAUGGAUCACAGUGCUGUAUCCCUGCAUGUGAUAUAUUUCCAACAUGCAUGCACGAAGGACUCGUGGCGAAUGGGCCAUAUGCACCUCCCAAGGUUCCCAUUCACAACUUCUCCACAUCAGCAGCACCACUGGGAACUCUUCAUUUCCACUAUGUUCGAUCUCAGUGUCUGGUAAAGUUUCUAUAAGCCCACGCAGAGUUGGGAGUCUUGGUUGUCCUUACCCAAGAACUCAAACUUAAGUUUUUGUAAUAUGAUGAAAAAUUAUGACCUAGUAUUGUUAACUGCACUUAAAUCUUCUUAUCAUUGCCGUCUCCUCAUUUCCCAGUUUGUUGACCCUAAUGCCUAUGUUGUCUUGUCAACAGAGCAUAUCACGGCCACACUGCAGCAUUAAUUGAUAUCAGUCCAUACAAGUACACAAAACUGGGUCCAAAAGGGAAGAAGGAUCACAUACAUGUAGCCCCCACCCCUGAUCCUUUUAGAGGAAUAUUUCAGGGUGAAGCUACCCCUGAAAUGGGAGAGAAAUAUGCCUUAGAGGUUAAAAAACUUAUUGAUCAGGCACAGAAAGAUGGAAGGAAGGUAAGUAAAUCUAUUGAUUAAAAGAUUCAUGUAUGUGAGAAAUUUUACUGGAGUUGUUGAUAAAAUUGAAUCUAAAGAAUUAUGGAUUAAAUAUUCAAGGACACAGGGUUCAAUUGAAUUGUUUUUGUUCCCACGAACUGUGUUCAGAAACCUUUAGGAACAAAUGGAGCUAAGGAGGACUUGCAACUCUGUGCAAUUUUCAUGCUACUGUAUAAUUGCAUAACUCUAUAUCUUUCGACCUCAGAUCGCUGGUUUUAUCAGUGAAUCAAUGCAAGGCUGUGGUGGUCAGAUUGUUUACCCUCCAAACUACUUGAAAGAAGUCUACAAGUAAGCACUGUAAAUAACCACGAGGAUUACUUUACAUUUUUUCUUAUCAUGGAAUAGGUUAUGUUGCUGAUAAGAGGUGCAUUAUACAUGAACAGUUAGCUCAUACGUCAGCAUACAAUGAUUGCCGCUAUCCAUCCUCUUGUGAGCUUACUGUACACAUGUAUGAGAUGCAAUGAGUGAAGUGAUUACAAACUAAUAGAGGUAGCUAGACCACACCAGGUCAGGGAAACCGCUUUUCCUUUUUAGGUGAUAUGGUGUCCUGUAGUCAGAGAUUAGCAUGGGAUUUUGGAAAGAGUGUAUGUGAAUUUUUAUGGUUAAAGAAUCUUUUCAAUUAGUGCCUAGUUGCGUAGGAGAGGGUUGCAUAUUUCAAUUGAUUGUGCUUUGAUAAAGGCCAAAAGUCCCAGCACCAGUGCAUUCUCACCCAACAAUAUUCAUGGGUACUAAACUAAAAGUAUGCUAUAAAAAGUCAUACAUGUACUUGGAAAUUGUGAAGUUCUGAUCUGUGUGACCAAUCUUACAUGGUUUGGAAAUCACAUAAGACCGUAGUUAACUUAACAGUACUGCUGUGUUGUUUUAAAGGUAUGUGCGAGAGGCUGGUGGAGUAUGCAUUGCUGAUGAAGUACAGGUUGGAUUUGGACGAGCUGGAAAGCACUUCUGGGCAUUUGAGUCUCAAGGUAAGUUUGAAUUUCAAACCAAAACAUUCUAGGACAACAUGUUUUACUUGAAGUGUAACAGGUAAUGUGAAAUUUGUUGGAAGUAUUAAAACAAAUUUUUAGGUUGCACAAACAUAGCCAAAAAUAAUAAAGUAAAGAUUUGAUUUUCCCUGAUUGAUGUCAAACUGAAUCAAUUACCUUCACCUCUGAUUUAGAAAAUUUUAAAAAAUGCAUGCAAUUUACAUUACUUUAUCUCCAUUGAGGAGAUGUUUUUGUUUUCAUUGAAGACAUCACAUAAUCCUCUGUCACUUUUACUAAAUUACUUAUAAUAGAAAUACUUACCAACAAAAUUCCUGCGGACCAGUGACUUUUGAGUAAGUAGUUUUAAAACAAGCAGUAAUUGCUUCAAUGCAGCUUCUGGUGGUUUUGCAUGAUUAUAACUGGUCAAUGUUAGGAUGUAGACCAAUUGUCCACAGUGUGAGUAGUUGUGGAGUGUACAGUACAUGUACAGUGGCCUGCAGAUCAUAACUGUGCUUCUCCUUAGAUGUUGUUCCGGACAUCGUUACUUUUGGCAAGCCUAUAGGGAAUGGCCACCCCUUAGCUGCUGUGAUUACAACCUCCGAACUGGCAGAAUCUUUUGCUUCCACUGGCAUGUCAUAUUUCAAUACAGUAGGUUUACUGUCAGUUGAUAACAGGGUACAAAGAAAGUCAGUUUUACACUUGCCUAAAGGGCAAGCUGAAGCUGGCACACACUAGCCUAAGAGCUCAUUUUAAUCACCGUAGCCCUAAAAAAAAUUCUCUUGCACAGUAUUGUAUGAUUACAGCUCUUUAAUCUGUAAUUUAAUUCCUCACAAAACUUCACUGACCCAAUAGCAAAAUCCACUAGCCCCAUUCUAUUGGACACAAUUAAUUUUUGUUACAUGAUAAACAUCACUUAACAGGGUCUAAGCAAAAAAGAAGUCCUUCAUGACCAGAUUCAAAAGGGGCGGGGAUGCUUGUCUUAAAUUUGGAAUUAAACCCCUAACAGAGACCAAUCUGGGCAUGGCCCAACCUUUUUUGACCCCUAAAAUGGAUCAAUUUAAACUUUGAUUACACGAAUAGAGUAAAUAAAACGAAUUGAAAAUAUAUAAGUCGUUAAUGUAUCUUCGAGUGCAACACUAAAAAAGACCUUUACGGCUAAAUAUAAUGGUGUUUUGCGAGAACACCCUAAGCGAGACCAAAAUCUGAAAUUUGCACCCCUAAACGAGACGACGAGCAUCCCAGCGCCUUUCAUAUGCGUCCCCCCCCCCCCCCCCCCNCGGGAGGAUUGACUGAACUGUCUAAUAAAGAAAAUAAUACUAAGAAAGGAUAUAAACUGGGCCUUAUCCAAAAAGUUUACCAAUGUAUAAAAGUUGUGAGUGCAGGUCAGACAUUCAGUAUUAAACUAUGAAUGACCAGAUAUAGAUUAAAAUAGUUAUGGUGUCAAUAAAAAUCCACUUAAAAAAGUUGUUAUCAUGGAUGUUAAACGGUGUUUUAUUACAAUUGUUUUAGUAUGGAGGCAAUCCAGUGUCUUGUGCUGUGGGGAAUGCAGUGCUUGAUGUUAUUGAAAAUGAAGAUCUACAGCAACAUGCUCUUGAACUAGGCAACUAUCUCCUGCAAAAGCUUAGAGAACUGCAGGCCAAGCACCGACUUAUAGGAGAUGUUAGGUAUGUUAUACAAGGAUUUGAAUCUUGACACCACAGUUCUUCACCUAGUUAAUGACACAAUCUGUUUGUAGUGUAGUCACUUGGACAAAUAACAGAUGUCUCAUCUUUUUCGCAUUUUAUUUUGUCAUAAAAUCUUUCUUGAAUUUUUAGAAGAAAUGUUUACUGUAAUCAAUUAAUGUCUUUGAUGAGUAAUAAUCUUGUAGCAUUAUUUGUAAUAGUGUAGACACUAUUAAUUUAAAUGGAUUGAUUGAUUUAUUGAUUGAUUGACUGAUUGAUAGGGGCACUGGUCUUUUCAUUGGAGUGGAACUGGUAAAGGACUUGAUGACUAAGGAGCCUGCUACGGAAGAAGCAAAGAGAGUUGUCUACAAGUGAGUUAAACAUAAACACUAUUGUACUCUCCAGAACCAACCGCCAGAGCUGCAGGUUUAAAUUUCACAAGAAUAUUACUGUUUUAGGUCAAUUCUGUGUUAAGGGCCUUCUUAUCACUAAAUGCUUCUGGCCCCAGUUGUUCAAUAGGUGGAUAGCGCUAUCCGAUGGAUAAAUCACUGUCCAGUAGAUAACGCAAUUGGUUUCCCUAAUACUUAUCCGCUGGAUAGAGAUUUAUCCAGUGGAUAGCGCUAUUCUGCUUUUGAACAACCGGGGCCUGUAGGUCAGUUAUUAAGGAGAUAUCAAAGAAUUACCUUAAUAAUUUUUCUGGUGAUUUUUGCAGGCAUAGCCUAAAACUUGAAAAUUUUUUCAAGUUUUAAUGUAUAAUCCACUUCAUGCUGCAACUUUCUUGGAAUGUCUAUUUGGAAUUGUUAUUUCCCUGUAAUCCAAUAUUCGUAAACUUUGUCUAAGUGGCCCUGGGUACAGUUGUCGCACUGUAAACUAAAAUUUUUUUUUUAUUGAUUUUUCAAGAGCAAAGGAGAAUUUUGUGAUUAUCUCUGCUGAUGGACCAGACCGCAAUGUAUUGAAGGUUAAACCACCAAUGUGCUUCACAAAGGAAGAUGGAGACUUGUUGUUGUCUGUAUUGGACAAAGCUCUGAGUGAAGUUGAGCAUUGCUAGAAAAGCAGCAUGGGAAAUAGAACAUUCCAUUAUUUAUAUCAUAUCUUUUUUACCAGUAAUUAAAUUAAUAUGUUAAAGGGCCUGUGUCAUGGCUGGCUAGUUUAUUUUGUGUGGAAACCUGUUCGGCUAACAAGUUUUCAAAAACUACGAUUGAAAUCCAUUUCAAUCUACUUCAAGUUUGUCCAUCCAGGCCUCCUUUUGUAUUUGCUAUGUUAUUUAUUCUUUCUUUUAACGUUUUGAGUGGUUAUUUUUAUGUUUCGCUCAGUGUGGUUGCAGUAAUUCCACUGUUUGAAUUAUGAUGAAUUCCAUGACACAGCUCUUUUAAGGCUAUCUUGGGUACCCUGCCACAGAUCCACAGACAGACUUAAUUGUGAUGUGAUGCAAAGCUUCCUGUGGCAAAUAAGCCAUUUGAUUAUAGUAUAUUAUAUAAUUUCCGCUAAAGAAGCCCUUGCAAUAUGAGCUAAAGGUCCAGAGCAUCUACAGUUUCUGCCAAUGGGAAUUAGUAGGAGGACGUGUUUGCGGUAAAAUCAAAUGAAAGGAGACCGUAAUUUCCCUGUCCCAAAUGUACUGUUAGCAUGAUGCUCGACCCAGGACUUUAGCAUUUAAUUUGGGGCAAGAGGCCAUCUUCGCCAAUCUACAGAUAUGACUAUGGGUAAUUUUCUAUGGGAAAUGGUGUACCUUAAGGACUCUUUUACUAGGCUCUGUAGAGGUGAAGGACAAGAGCCAAAUUGUGGCUCAUCAGACUUCAUCUGAGUAACCCUUGAAGUGUUAUUAUUUAUUUUAUUCACAUGUAAUUAUGAAAGGGUAAAACUAAUUUUAUUAAUGGCCAAGAACGUAAAAUGAUAUCUUGUGAUUAUAUCUUAUUGCCAUUUUCGCGUACUGGUUUGAUUAUCCGUACAUCCAUGCGCUAUUUUCAUUUUUAUUUUUUUUGGUUAAAAUAGGUGUGUCAGGGUAAGUGAAGACUCGGUUAGUCUUAAAAAUUUGGUUUCGAGAUAAGACAGUGGUGUUUUAAAAUCUAUAGUAUCUUCAAAAAAUUGUGUACAAUAAUGCAAAUUGCCAUCUAGACUCUUUUUAUCCGGAAAUUUAAACUUUUAAUAGGUUUGCCGUAAUAUAUUUUAGAAUGCGAGAUUGCUAUAAAAUUUAAAAUAUUUUAAUGUCCAGAGCACAUUUUACAGUUGUGUACAAUUGACCUUCUUUCAUUAAAACCCUCCUUUUUCGUCAUAUUAAAGAACAGGAAUUGUAACAUCCCCAACCCAACCCUGCUGAGGUCAUACAAAGACUGUUAAAGUGUGCUAGGAUAUUGCGUGGUAAGGUGUAUUGCCGAUUAAUUAUAAAGCAAAGCUUUAAAAAAAAAUCCGUAUUUUUAUUAAAAACUGAAUCUUAUCAAAGUGUCUAUUUUUUCUUGCAUAUGUUGGGCUGCGUGAAAAGUGAUGAUCAUGUUAAAAUUCUGAGCUGUAUCAUCUAAAAGCACCAGCUCUCUAGCAUGAGAAAACAGCCCACAUUUCACGACACCAUCACUGCACGGUUUCCCGUAUAAAGAGCGCAAAAAUUCCAUACUGAUGACGUA